CCCGCUACGCACAGAACUACACGGAUACUUGCGUGACAGAACAUGACACCUCGUAGCAAAUCAGCUGGGUGUCUCUUGAUACCAAAAACAACAAAACCAAUUCCUCAUUGCUUAUCGGAAGAGCAGAGAUGCGUUUCCUACUAAGUUCUGCUGUACUUCUAGUUCUGGUGGCAGUCCACCUGUAUAGUAUCUCCUCAAGCGGAACCAGAAACACUGGCACCACAAGAAACUUCAAGGACAUCGUUCUCGGUCGAUGUUAUUACUAUAAAGAGUUUAUGCUCGAUGACGUUUAUCGCUCGUCUGUUAACUGCAGCUCCGUGUGGCUGGCGCUUUAUGAUGCUUUCGCAUUCAAGGAUCCGUGUUCGCUGACGUUUCAAGACUACGAGCCUUACUUCGCGGCUGUCGUCGAGGGACAUCUUUUAGACAAGUCACUGUUCUGGUCGGGGACGAUGAAACUUGUCCAUUCUUACGCAAGCUACAUCGACCUACUAUACACAACACUCGAAGAUACCAUGGCCGGUUGGCUGGUGAACGGGUUAACGUGGUGUGGUAACGUAACACUUCCGCGUAACGCUUCAGACGGGAUCGAUUAUGUGUCGUGCCCGACGAACUGCGAUUACUUCGCCGCAUUUUGGGGUCUGGCAUCGCGCAAGUUUGCAGAGCGCACGCGUGGUGUCGCGCGUGUCAUGGUUAACGGGUCGCGCGUGGACACUAAUGGAUCAUGGGUACCCGCCUAUCGCAAAAACAGCUUCUUCGGAAAAUAUGAGCUUCCUAAUCUCCAGAGCCAUUUUGUAACAGAGCUGCGAAUAAUUGUUAUGCACACCAUCGGUACCUCUGUCAAUCACAUAGAAAGCUGUGGAAACGGUUCUGUCAAGACGUUGGUGGAAGAUGCGACGAGGCAUGGGCUUAAUGUUAGCUGUUCCGAUGAUCCGAGUGAAGUGAAACAUUUAUUAUGCGUCGAUCAUCCGACGGCACCUGAAUGCUUGUUUGCAACCAAAAAGGAGCAACAAGGGGGUGUUUGGAAAUACGUGGGUAUCAUCUUCAUUAUUCUGACGUCACUGUUGCUAUUGGCAACCGUCCUUCUUUUGAUGUUAUGCGUGCGUCAUCGUCAAAGCAGGCCUGUUGCAUAGACUGGAGGGGAGCUAGAUAGUCAGAUCCCUUGCAAUAUGGAAACCCCCACCGGGGGAGGGGUGGGGAACAAUGUCAAGCAGCAGUUUCGAAGGCAUCGUUUAUCGUUUGUAAGGGGAGGGAGAAAGCUAAUGUAAAUGGCCACUUUUUCA